AUGGACUCCACUGAGGGGAAAUAUUCGAGCGAGGAAGUCAAUACCGAAGAACUGAUUAAAGUAGUCAAGACAAUGUUGCUUCAGUCUAUAUCGCUGGACAACUCGGAAGGUUUCACCAUGGCUGUAGAAGCUUUAGAAGAACUCAAGAUUGAUUUCAAUUGGAGUGCCUUUUCCAAAUCCCUGGUGCAUGGCCGUGGUGAGUGGAAUACUCCGCUCACUCUGAGUUCAAAGCUGGGUCGGGUAUCCAUGGUGAGCGCUUUACUUCAAAAAGGAGCUAAUCCCGACUUAUGCUCCGAUUCCGGAGUUGGGAAAUCGACUCAGCGGACGCCUGUCCAUGAGGCGAGUAAAUCCGGGUAUCUUCAAGUUGUCGACUGUCUGCUGACGCAUGGGUGUGACGUCAACGUACCUGACGCACGUGGUUGGACACCAAUUCACGAUGCAAUUUGUCAUGACAGGAUUGAAAUUGUUUUCAAGUUACUUGAAAAUGGUGCAGAUCCAGGAAAAAGCUUUUUCGUAGCUUCUUCAAAUUUGAAGAAUCUUGAUCUCAUUGGAAGGGGAUCUCUUAUGUUUUCUACCAAGCCUUAUACACUAGAGUCAUCAAUGCCCGCGUCCUUUGAGUGGAGUUGUCUAUCGUUUGCUGCUAAUUGCCACCAGCCUCGGGUAGUGGCGAAGCUAAUACACGAAUAUUUACAUGAUGCUGUCAAACACCACAGUUCAUCUGGUAGAACUGCUCUUCACGAGGCUGUCAACUUACCAGAAGGUUUGAAUCUCGAUAAGGAAGCUGUUGUCCGAAAUCGACACGAAACUAUGAAAAUCUUACUGAAUGCAGGUGUCGAUCCAAGUUUUCCAGAUCACUUGGGAAAAAACGCUCUUCAUCUCUUCUUAGACCAUGUUAAUUUAGCCAAAGUUGUCGUGAAUAAAUAUUCCGAGAUCGUUCCAGAGACAAUCCUCUUACUGCACGAAUAUGGCAUUCGUCUAGACAUGUCGGACCACACGGGAAGGACUGUACUUCACCAAGCCGCUGCCUUUGGCCUGGUAGAGGCAGUGCAGAUUAUUCUUAACCUUGGUGCUGAUCUUCACGGCGUAGACAACGAUGGAAACACGCCAGCACAUGUCGCGGCUAACCACGAUAAUUUUGAAGUACUAAGCAGCCUGAUGAAUCACUUUUCGCAUGCGGAGCUGUUCAACCUUCACGGAAAUACGGUGUUACAUUGCGCGAUAAAGCCAAAAGCCGACGAGGAUGCUCUGAUACGGGUCGCGCAGACUGUGAUAAGCGAGAAGGGCUCUUAUAAAACGCAGGUUAACGCUGAUGGAGCAUCAGAAUAUGACCUGGCUGUAAAGUUUCAGUUCAACGCACUGGCCCACUUCCUUUUUGACCAUAGUGAUGAUGCUAUGGUUGCCAGUUCUGAUGGCCUGUUGGAUACUACAGAAGUCCGACAUGAACGAGGUGCAGGUAAUGAAAGCAAUAGCCUUGAAAUGAGGAACGAAGAGAGCACUAUGGCUAGUGAAGGUGUCAGAGAUCGCAAUGGGCAAUUUACAUUAGGAAAUGAAAAUGAUUUUGAUGAGAACUGUGAGGACUCUGAAAUACCUGAAUUGAGAAUAGACGCCGACACAGACGUCAACGAGUAUUUAACGAAUCUUUGUCACGAAUACCGCGUUAGAGGCUUUCACUUGGAAGGUGAGGGAAUGUGCCACGAGAGAUGCAAAAUUGCUAAACAGACCGUGGAUUUUGUAGAAGAACUUUUGAAACUGGUUUCUGAGGAAGAUAGGAAGUUCAACAGUAAAAUUUUAAGCACCGGAAGUGCUUUUGAAGGCUACAGAAUCGGCAAGCCCGACGAAUUCGAUUACAUGUGUGAAUUAGAAUCCUUGACGGAUCAAAAAUGUGAAAUUCUCCCGACUGAAGAUCCUGGGUUUGUUCGUGUCCGAGUUAAAGAGGAUUACAGAGAAGAAUGGAGGAUGUUUCUAUCUGAAGAAGGAUUUCUUGACGCCUCAAAAAUCAAAUAUUUCCUGGCGGAAAAGUUGUACGUGAAGUCUAGUUCGAAAGCCUUUGCUCGAAAACGAUGGAAUUUGAGCUUUAACACGACAAGCUAUGAUUCUUGCGUGCUAUGUCAACCAGUCAUAGCCACGAGCAAAGCUGGUUUGAAGAUGACUUUGUUUUGGCGUGGUAAUGUCUAUAAAUUCAUGCCUAUCGAUAUUGACAUCACACCAGCAAUGCACAUUCCCGGGUGGCCAAAGUCAGCUAAAGUACCCCCAUCCCACGUCCUGAGCAGCUGUGACGAAGUGGGGUAUCAUAUUGUUCCCAAGUCAGAAGGAGGAGAUUCUUUGUUGUGGAGAUUGUCCUUUUCCGUUGCCGAACUGCAGAUUCUACAAAACACAACUCCAAUCCAAGCAGCCUGUUACACAGCUCUGAAAAUAAUCAAAGGACAGACGUCAUUCAGAGGUGUACGCUCGCAAUUUUUCGCUCAUUUUGGCUUCCUUCACACUUACGUUCUCAAGAUGAAGUUCUUUGAAGAACUAGAGCGCUACCAGGACCAAGAGAUGUGGCAAGAAGGCAAGCUAGUUGAGCGGAUCUGCUCCGUGUUAGAAUCUACGGCAAGUCUUCUAAGCCAGAAACGGCCUUCCCAAGUGGAAUCCUACUUCUUGCCAGGACACAGAGUCCUUCGACAGGCGGACAAACACUUCGGAAAUUUCGUGGCAGCAUCUAUCAAAACGACCCUUCGGAAGGUAAUACGAAUGUUGCGCAAGGAACAAGAAGCACUGGCUGAAAACUCACCGGACGGCACUAGCUUCACAAUGCGGUUUGACCCAGAUUCAGGUUCAGAAUCAGACAGUGAAAGUGGUGCAAUUCUUAACGAUCCAGGUACAGUGGCCAAUAACAUUGCUGCUUCGCUACUGUCAUCUAUAUGCGAGGGUAAAUAA